UUCUCUCUUCCCAGUUUUAAUUUCCUGUCUUUCAUUCUCUAUGUAUUGUAUUGUAUUGGAUCCUGUAAAUUCAAGCUCUUAUAUAUAUGGGUUUCCUUUUCUUUUCUUUUCUUUUUUAUCAUAAUCAAGUAUAUAUUUGAUGUGAUGAAAUUAUGCUUCCAUAGAUUUUGUAGCAAUCUAUAAAUUUUUGUCUGUAGCUUUACACACAAGGUGACAAAAUACUACUGAAUUGACUUACAUCCACUCCUUUUUUCUUCAUAUCUUUCUUUUCAAUCUUUCUGACAUGCUCUGGGUCAGACAAAACCUGCUAAUUUUGAAUGUUAUGGAGUGUUGUUGGCAUACUUUGAUGUUAAAUUUCUUAUGGUGAAAGUUCAUUUGUUUUGAAUUCAGUCAUGCUAAAUGUUCAUUAGCUAGAGAUCUGCUAACCAUUAUUAGGAGGAAAGUCUUAUGAAAUUAUGAAGAAAAUGCUAAUGAAAUGCUGUUUAUGUCAGUCUCUUGUUGAGUCUUUAAAAUGUAACCUGACCAUUUCAAGACUUGAUGAAUUGUCUGUCCUAUUGAUGUAUGACUGUUAAUUUCUAAUUCAAAUUUGAACCAUAAACUUAGUAUUUUCAUAUUGAGUUUUGGUAUACUUGUAGAAACAAUAUCAGCUAUUGUUUCAUUUUACAAACAUAGGUUGCAUUUUAGUUUAUGAAUAUUGAUCGGUGAAAACACUUUUAUACACUAGCUUGUCGGACAAUCAUUGGCUAUUACACAGUGGUUUCAUAAAUUAUCUUUGUAAUGUUGCUCUAGAUGUUCUGCUUGCUACACAUUGGAACUAAAAUGUAUGUCCAUUAGAGUUUGAACGAAUAAAUCUCGUGCUAACCAAUGAAUUAUUGUUAAGAGGCAGGUUGCAGUUCGAUACAUGGAAAAUUAUAUGUUUUGUUAAAAUUUAUCAUUUUUGGUGUUAUAUCAAUUUCGUGUUACUGUUUAUGCCUGACCCAAGUAGUGUAUGAUCCAGGAAAUAGCUAACAAACCUUCAAUUAGUCUAAUUUAUACAUAAAAUUGCUAGUUUGUCUUUUUUUUUUGCCUUUUACUUGUAACAUAAAAUUUUUAAAUCGUUUACAUUUGUCCUAUCUCAGUGUUUUUUCAAUUAUGGUUGGUUAGUUUUUUUAUACCUGUUAGGAUUUAUAAUUUAUGUUUUUGUGUUCAUAUCCAGUUGAGAAACAACCAAUAAAUCUUUUGGUUUUCAAACACAAUCUCCUCCAAAUACAUUUAUGUAUUCAAAAUUUUUGUAUCCAGGUGAUUCCAAAUGGGGGCGAAUACUGUUUUAAUCUCUGUUGUCAAACAAAUAUUUAUACUUUUUCAUUGUUUCCACACUUGUAUGUGGCACCGGCCUUAUUAGUUUCACCAAUUUGUUUCCAGAUGUGAUCUCCUUGUAACAGUUUCGUGCAGUAACUUGGAGCCCUUGACUUCAAUUCAUUCCCUCUUGACCACUAAAGAGGGAAACCAAGGUUGAACACUAGAUUUUUUUUUAUACAAUCUGAAAAUUAUGGAGGGUUCCUCAAUAAAGCAUAACACGUUGACACCUCUUAGAAUGUUUAGAGGUUUCCUAUGUCUGUUGAUUCUGCUCACAACAGCAUUCAUGUUUUUAGUCUAUUUUGUGCCAAUUGCUGUAAUCGGUUUUCGCCUUUUCAGUAUACAGUUUAGUAGAAAAGCAAUAUCAUUUCUUUUUGGUCUUUGGCUAGCUUUGUGGCCUUUCCUAUUUGAAAAGAUAAACAAGACCAGGGUAAUUUUUUCGGGGGAAACUGUUCCAUCAAGGGAACGAGUUUUACUCAUUUCCAAUCACAGAACUGAGGUUGAUUGGAUGUAUUUGUGGGAUCUUGCAUUGAGGAAAGGGUGUUUGGGUUCCAUCAAGUAUGUGCUUAAGAGAAGUUUGAUGAAACUACCUGUCUUCGGUUGGGGAUUUCAUAUCUUGGAAUUCAUUGCUGUGGAUAGAAAAUGGGAAGUUGACGAAGCAAUUAUGCAGAAAAAGCUUUCCACCUUUACUAAUCCAAUGGAUUCUCUUUGGCUUGCCAUUUUCCCAGAAGGAACUGAUUUCACCGAAGAAAAGUGCAGAAAAAGCCAGAAGUUUGCGGUUGAUAAUGGGCUGCCUGUAUUAAAGAAUGUGUUGUUGCCUAAAACAAAAGGCUUUUCUGCUUGCUUGGACAUUCUAAGAGACUCCUUAGAUGCAGUGUAUGAUAUUACCAUUGCAUACAAACCGGAUUGUCCUUCAUUCUUGGACAAUGCAUUUGGUGUGAAUCCUUCAGAAGUUCAUAUCCAUAUUCAACGUAUUCCAGUUGAUAAGAUCCCAGAAUCUGAAAAGGAGGCUUCGAGUUGGCUAAUAGACAGAUUCCAUGCAAAGGAUCAGUUACUCUCAGAUUUUAUUGCUGACGGUUAUUUUCCAAAUGAAGGAACAGAAGGAGAACUUUCAACCAUGAAAUGCUUGGUAAAUGUCACAAUUGUAGUUGCUUUAACUGCAAUAUUUUUGUGUCUUACGUUUUAUUCUUCUGUGUGGUUCAAAAUUUACAUUGGUUUUAGCUGUGCAUAUCUCGCGUUCGCUACUUACCUAGAUUUUCAACCCUUCCCAUUUUUACAGUUUGGUAAAAAGGAAUUGUGAUUUCUGUGUUCUUAAAUAUUCUUCAAUUUAAUUUUUAUUUCAGACUGAUUAAAAAUUGCGUUUCUUGUGGU